CCGCCCCCACCCCGGGGCCUCCUCCCGCCUCGCCGCCGCGCUACUCCGCUGCCCGGCCCGAGCUCUCCGCGCCCCUCGGCCUCAGGAGCAGCGCGCCCCUGGUGACUUCUGACACCACGCGUCCUCCAUUACUUGGAUCCGAGAUGAAUAGUGAUCAAGUUACACUGGUCGGUCAAGUGUUUGAGUCCUAUGUUUCAGAAUACCAUAAGCACGAUAUUCUUCUCAUCUUGAGGGAAAGAGAUGAAGAUGCUCAUUACCCAGUUGUGGUUAAUGCCAUGACCCUUUUUGAGACCAACAUGGAGAUUGGGGAAUAUUUCAACGCCUUCCCGAAUGAAGUACUAACUGUUUUUGAUAACGCACUGCGAAGAUCAGCCUUGACGAUUCUCCAGUCCCUUUCUCAGUCUGAGAGUGUCUCCAUGAAGCAGAAUCUUCAUGCCAGGAUAUCAGGAUUACCUGUUUGUCCUGAGCUGGUAAGGGAGCACAUCCCUAAAACCAAGGAUGUGGGACACUUCUUAUCUGUCACUGGGACAGUGAUUCGAACGAGUCUGGUGAAGAUCCUGGAGUUUGAGCGAGACUACAUGUGUAACAAAUGCAAGCAUGUAUUUGUGGUCAAGGCUGAUUUUGAGCAGUAUUAUACCUUCUGCCAGCCAUCCUCAUGUCCCAGCUUGGAGAGCUGCAAUUCUUCAAAAUUCACUUGCCUCUCAGGCUUGUCUUCAUCUCCAACUAGGUGUAGAGAUUACCAGGAAAUUAAAAUUCAGGAACAGGUUCAAAGACUAUCUGUUGGAAGUAUCCCACGAUCUAUGAAGGUUAUCCUGGAAGAUGAUUUAGUAGACAGUUGCAAAUCUGGUGAUGACCUCACUAUUUAUGGGGUCGUGAUGCAACGGUGGAAGCCCUUUCAGCAAGAUGUGCGCUGUGAAGUGGAGAUAGUCCUGAAAGCCAAUUAUGUCCAAGUAAAUAAUGAGCAGUCUGCAGGGAUCAACAUGGAUGAGGAGGUCCGAAAGGAAUUUGAAGAUUUUUGGGAAUACUAUAAAAGUGAUCCCUUUGCAGGAAGGAAUGAAAUAUUGGCCAGUUUGUGCCCCCAAGUUUUUGGAAUGUACCUGGUAAAGCUUGCUGUGGCCAUGGUGCUGGCUGGUGGGAUUCAAAGGACUGAUGUUACAGGAACACGGGUCAGAGGUGAAUCUCAUCUUUUAUUGGUUGGGGAUCCUGGCACAGGGAAAUCUCAGUUCCUCAAAUACGCAGCAAAGAUUACACCGAGAUCUGUGCUCACCACAGGAAUUGGAUCUACCAGUGCAGGUCUGACGGUAACUGCUGUCAAAGACUCAGGAGAAUGGAACCUGGAGGCUGGGGCGUUAGUCCUGGCAGAUGCAGGUCUCUGCUGUAUCGAUGAGUUUAACAGCCUCAAAGAGCAUGAUAGAACCAGUAUCCAUGAAGCAAUGGAGCAACAAACCAUAAGUGUUGCUAAGGCUGGCCUCGUGUGCAAGCUGAACUCAAGGACCACCAUCCUGGCAGCAACUAACCCCAAAGGCCAGUACGACCCCCACGAGUCUGUGUCGGUGAACAUCGCCCUUGGCAGCCCGCUCUUAAGUCGAUUUGACCUGAUCCUGGUCUUGCUUGAUACCAAGAAUGAAGACUGGGAUCGUAUAAUUUCCUCCUUCAUCUUAGAAAACAAAGGUUAUCCAAGCAAAUCAGAGAAGCUUUGGAGCAUGGAAAAGAUGAAAACCUACUUCUGCCUCAUUAGGAAUUUACAGCCCACACUGUCUGACGUGGGGAAUCAAGUUCUUCUCCGGUACUACCAGAUGCAAAGGCAGAGCGAUUCCCGGAAUGCUGCCCGGACAACUAUCCGCCUGUUGGAAAGCUUGAUACGAUUAGCAGAAGCUCAUGCUCGCCUGAUGUUUCGUGACACAGUGACUCUGGAAGAUGCUAUUACAGUGGUGUCAGUAAUGGAGUCCUCUAUGCAGGGAGGUGCACUGCUAGGAGGUGUGAAUGCACUCCAUACUUCCUUCCCUGAAAACCCUCUGGAGCAGUACCAGAGGCAGUGUGAACUUAUUCUGGAAAAGCUGGAGCUGCACAGCCUCUUGAGUGAAGAGCUAAGAAGACUUGAAAGGUUACAGAAUCAGAGUGUGUAUCCAUCUCAGCCCCAGGCAAUGGAAGCAGAGAUGACUCCAGGGUCCCUGGGAGGUGAUCCAGGGGAAGAAUUAAAGUUCAGGACAUCAACUCAGCAGGAAAGGAAUUGCAGCACACGUCCGUCCCCUGCUGGAGGCAGUCCCGGGGGAAGCCUGCUUCUCAAUCCCGCAUCCCAUCUGGGGUCUGAUAGACUGGCAGGUAGAAGACAUUCAGCUGAGCACAAAAAUAACCAAGAUGACAGUUUGGACUGGUUUGACUCCAUAGCAGCUUGUCCCAUUGAGCCUAAAAACACCAUUCCUGUGUUUCCUAGUCCCAAAACCAGUGGGGGGAAAAUGGCUUUGAAAAUCUCCAAUAACACAUCUCAGAGUAGAGGAAACAGGGAGCCAGGCCAAAGUCACAAAUUGGAAACUGGAGCUCUUCCAGCACCAGAAGAGACAGAGGCUCCAUUGAGGCCAGAGAGCGUUGAGGGUGAAAAGGCAAAAAAUGCAACAGUUUCUGAAGCAACAUCUGCCGAUGAACUAGAUUCAGUACUGACUCAUCGUGUCCCCAGAAAACUACACAAGCUGCGCAAGGAGAGGGCUCAGGAAUUGUGCAGGAAUCCCGCUGGGCCGCCCUUGCAGCCCACCAGCCCUUCCCAUCCUCAGCCCACCCCUGUACAUGGCCCAGAGAGAGAGCUGCAGACUCCCAAAAGAAAGAGACAGAAGCUCCAUGCUCAUGCGGAAGACCCUGAACUCGAAAGUGCUGAGAGUCCCCUUCCUCCUGUGGCUAAACUGUCAAAAUUUACUUUCAAACGGAAGUCAAAACUGAUCCAUUCUCCUGAAGACCGCAGCCUCGUGUCUCCUGGCACAAGUGAAGUCGCAGCUCAAAGUCCUGAAAUUCCCCAACCUAGUGCAAGAGGGGAAGCAGCUCUGCCUGGGAAGGGUCCAGAAAAGCUGGCCUCUGCCUCAGGAAUCAGAAGCUCGGCUCAGCUUCAGGGUAAGACAAAGGAGGUGUCACCGAAGCCACCAGAGAAAGGACCAAGAGAGAAGAAGGCACAUGCCCCUGCAGAGGGAGCUAUUCAGCCUGAGCUAGAGCUUGGGAACAACACUGGGCCUUUCCCUCUUACUUGUGAAAGAGACAGAAAGGAAGAGGGUUCGUGCAGUAAUAAAAGCGGUAAGGUUCAUGCUUGCACGUUAGCCAGACUGGCAAACUUCUCCUUUACUUCUCCCUCUGAAUCCAAAUCAAAAUCCCCUCCUUCUGAAAGUAAGAACCCAGGUGAGGGAGGAAGCCACAGCUCUUCCCCUGUGACCACAGCUACAGCGCUUGGCAGGAAGAGGAAAACUUUUCAGCUGGAGGGAUCCACUGAGAGAUUGAGUCUUUCCAGAAAAUCUCUCUUCACUUUACCAGAACUCGAUGAUGAGCCAUUAGAUUUUGACUGGGAUGAAGAAAUGAGAAAAAAGCCAUAACCAUGAAAAGCUUUCCGGUCAAAUUUCAUGCUCCUCCACUCAACCGAGCACCUUCAGGUCGUCAGCGUGGUGUUUAUAUACGUACAGAACUGUUAGCCAUGCUGAGUGCCACUCUGAACACCAGCUCCCCGUCAGGUUUUAUAGACUCAGGUUUAUCUUCAUGACUUGAAAAGCUGUGCAAUCAGUGUAGACUCGUGUGAUAGCAGCGCUUGAGUUGAAUUAAUUGAUAAUUGUGCUUGAUUUUGCAAACAAAGUACUUAUAUUCCCAAAGAUGUUAGUUUUUAUUUUUUAGGGAUGAGUCUUCCUGAGAUGGGUUCUUUCAUUCACUCAGGAACAAAUGCCAGAAAGGUUAGUGCUCAUAAAGCUAACAGGUCAGAGGAAUUCGUUUUCUAUUUUUUCCUUUUUGUUUUUUUCUUUCACCCAAGAUGUGCUGAGUGUGGUAAAUAUUGUGACUUGCCAAAAUCAUAUGAUUUUCUAAAUUUUUUGUGUUUAUUCUCAUGUUUCAGAUUAAAUGUGACUAAUGCUGUUUUUUCUUUGAGAGGCAUUAUCACAGUUCCAUGAUAGUCUUAAAGAUCUGGCAACUGGCCAAGUAGUAGCUUUCUUGAGAUUUUGACCUUUUGAGUUUUCCUUUCUUUCUCAAGCCAACAGUUUGUGCUUCAGAUUCUUGUUUAUGUCCUGGGGACUCACCUUCAACACAGUUUAAAUCUUGUGGUUGGAAGAAGAGUGUGUGCAGUUGUCUGAGUCAUAUAUCACAGCAUUUACCCAACUGGUUCAUAUGGAAACGUGAUGCCUACUAAGUUAUAAUUCAUUUGUCUUUAAAACCAAGCAAUGACUGUGUUUGGUAGGAAGAGACAACUCAAGCUUUGUCCUUCGUAAGUGCUUUUAGAAUCACUUCUCUUAGAUUCUAGCAAGGGUUGUUAGGGUUUCAUAACUAUACACUUUCUCUUCUGAAGUAUGAAUUUGGGAAAUACAUUCUUUCAUUGUCUGAAGGACUUUUGGACAUGAUGGGACACAAAAUUAUAUUACUUUGUUUAAUGACCACUUUAUUAAAUUCAUUAAGAAAAAAAUUUAGGAACCCCAAUUUUUCUUGAGCAUUUAAAAAUUAAUUUCAAAAUUAACUUAAGUUUUCUGAAAAUUUUUAAACUAUGAGUACAAAUUUAGAGUGGAUGAGUGUUUUGAAUCUUCAGACACUUUAAACAGCUGAUAAAAGACAUACACAAGCAUUGAUUAUACAAGUUAUUACUGCACAAUCACUUAAAUUUAUCCUAAAACAGCAAGACUAUGGUUUAGGCAAUUUCUUCAUUACUUCUGUACUUACUUAAUAAUUUCCCAGUGUAGUGUGAUUCUUAAUGUGAUAUAUUCCUAAUCUUUCAGUAUUAGUACUUACCUAGGUUUUUAGCAUUUUUGCUAGAAUUAAAGGAAAAGGAAACGAUAGGGGUUAUUGACCUGUUGAUUCUUGGUCUAGACAUGGUCUGAUUGUGUAGACUAGGGUAAUUCAAACCUGAGCCACAGUGUUGAGCUGUCUUUUUUUUUUUAUGGUAAACUUUUAUGUCCCUUUCUUAUAAAUCUUUGUCUUUAAAACAUGGUAUCUUUUGCAGUAACGAUGCAUUAAGCUUGGCAUGGAUAGUACCUAACCUACUGGUUUGCCAUUCAGGGUAUUUUGUUCUAUGACUUAAUACGGUUGCAUUCUAGAGCUGUCAUUUUGCGUUUCAAUCUCAAUUCUAGAGCAUUUAGUCUAAAGUAGUUGUCUCUUUAGGUCACUGAGUAACUCAUCUUUUAAAAUACAAUGUUGACUAUACUUCAGUUUUUUUAAAAAAUGAAAAUGAAUAAAUAAAAUACAGAGUUAAAUUGUCUUCCUUAGUUAUUGUGCAUGACCAUCUAUGCCAUCUUCUACCUGCUUCUUAUCUGUACUCACUAUACAUCCUAUUAUUUGUGCUAAUAAAUCCACCCUAUAUUUUUUAGUACCUUCUGCCAGAAUCAUUUAAUCAAAUUACAAGUUCCAUGUGUUUAUUCUUCAGCACUUACCCAGAGAGAAAUAACUACAUAUGUAAAUAUUAUAAACAUAAUAUUUAGAAGAAAUAAAACAGUCAAUAUGAAUGCUCCCCUACUUACUACAAAAAUUAAACUUCUAUCGCAGCUUAGUUUUGUGUUAUGAUUACCUCUGUGCUUGGAUUUGAUGCUCAGAUUCUUACAACUUGGUCAAUAGGAAGUCUCUUCAUGUUGGCACCAAUGUCGUUUAAGGACUCUGACUUAAGCAUUCAUGCUAUCUGAAGACAACAGCAUGUUUCAGACCCUUUUUACUUGUUUUCCUGCCUCAAGUCGUAGAAUCAGCGAACCCUAAGGCACUUUAUUUCCUUUAGAGGCCAGGGGUAUUAAAGGCCGAACUCAGGGUUUCAGGGAUGCUCGGGGAAGUCAGUACUACCCCUCCUGUGGGGUCCCUUUGUAGUUUAAGAGCCGAAAUAUUUAAUGUCCUAAGGUUACAUUUUAUCCUGCUGUGUCCUGUGUUUUUAUACUGUAUGAUUUCAUGACAACCAAGACUUUUUCUUAUGUGCUAUUUAAUGUGUGUACCAAGGAAAACAGAUGUCUCAGGGGAAAUAUAUACAGUCUCAAAGUCAUAUUUCUAGUCAAUAAAGGAAAGUGUAAAAAUAA